AUGCCAUUACCAAUGGCAUUGGACCUGCAUGAAAAGAGCGGGAUGGGAGACAUGGGCGGCAUGGGAGACAUGGGAGACAUGGGCGACAUGGGUAGCAUGGGUGGAGAUAAUGGUGGAAUGAGCCACGAUCAUGGCGGCAUGUCCAUGGGUGGUGGUGGCUGUAACUUGUCGAUGCUAGGAAACUGGAAUACGAUUCAUUCCUGCUUUCUGACGUCGUCAUGGUCUAUCAAUACACAUGCUCAGUUUGCAGGCACCUGCAUUGGCGUGGCAUGCUGGGUCAUUCUCACAGAGUGUGUCCGACGAUGGGCACGUGAAUUUGACAGGGCCAUCAUCGCUAAGGCGAUCCAAGAUCUCCGUGAACAUGAUGCUAGUCCGACGGAGGCAUGGGUGGAAGAAAAUUAUGUUGCCGAUAUGCAAGCAGAUACGAAACCAUCACGCAUGAAUCAAGAGACCCGCAUUGCGUUCCCAAUGAGCGGGGCGACGACAGUGCUCCAAUCGCCACCAGCAGUGACUGUCAGUGCGAGGGAUUAUCGCGUGCGGCCUACUCUAUGGCAGCAGGUGAUCCGCGCUUUGCUGUAUGCGAUCCAGUUCACUAGUGCAUACUUGCUAAUGCUCAUCGCCAUGUCGUACAAUGGCUAUGUGCUUAUAUCUAUGAUGCUGGGUGCUUUGAUUGGUUACUUUGCUGCAUCCUGGGACACGCUUGGUACGAUCAAUCCAAGUGCGAUCCAGCGUCAGAAAUAUUUGAAGCCUUAUGCGGUCAAAAAUGACGUGGCUGAAAACCACCAAAACGAUGGCGUGUGCAUGAACAUGAUCUAG